AUGGCCGACGAUGACUCUAGUGACCUCUCAUCGUUGUCUUCCUUGUCUCCAGCUCCCUCGGACGAUGAGAAUGACGUUGAGCUAAAGAAUGACAAGGGUAUUCUCAAGUUCUUCCACAAGCUACCCAAGGGCAGCAAGCCCGCGCAAGCCAACAAGGAGCCCUCUCCGCCUCCGCGAAAGAGAUCGCCUUCGCCACCUCAUGACUAUGUGUUGGCAGAUAAUCCAGCUAUUGCAUUCAUUGUGAUGUUCCGAAGUCGCUUCAACGAAGCUUUCCCCAGAUCGCUUGCCAACUUUGGACCUCAGGAAUUGGAGCGCGAUGUCACCGAAUCGAUUCCCGGCGAUCGUGUCGAGCAUUUUCUAUGCGCAGUCCUCGGUCUUUUGCUGAACCGCAAGCAAGAUGUCAAGCCUGGCCACUACGGCAGAGCUUUGGAGGAUGCCAUUGCAAGUCACAAGAGCCAAUGGCCCAAGGUUUGGGAGGAAAAGAGCCCUUUGUCGGGCGGCGCAACGUUCACGUCAAUGAACCCCACAGAACGCCUCACACUCUUGCGAACGCUGGUCCUUUGGAGUCUUUCAUCGUCAGACACCAUUAAGCAAAUCAUCAACACAUCUUACAAGGGCAAUCGCCGCGACGACGACCUGAACCAACCCCUCUCUGUGCAACCAUGGGGUGCAGACAGCGACAAACGUCGGUACUUUCUCAUUGAAGGAUUAGAUGACACCAACUUUCGCGUCUACCGCGAGAGCGAUCCGGCAGGGUUCAACAGAACAUGGUGGAGCGUUGCAGGAAACAUCGAGGAGCUCACCGCCCUAGCGGAAAAACUGCAAACGGUAGAUGGCCGACCCAAGGGCAAAAAGCUGGCGCAGCAGAUGCUAGCUGCUGUUCCUCGCUUUGAAGCCUCUGAGGAGAAGCGCAAGAGGCGCGAGUAUCGGCAGCAGCAGAAAGAACGUUUCAAGCGGCCAGAACCAGGCUUCUCCAUGUACGAAGGCAGGACAAGAGGCAAGCGCAUGAAGUACACAUACUCGGACGAUGAGGAUUUCUUGACCGACUCGACGGGAGCGCGACGCUCCGCCCGCAACACUGGCACCUCCACUCCGAUUGAACCCGCAGGACCAGUCACCACUGCCAGUGGUCGUCACAUCAAGGCACCAUCGCGCAUGACGGUUGAUGCGUCGAACAAUAUUGUAACUGUUGAUGGUGAUCAGGAUCGAUCAUCUGCAAGAGACGCAUCGACGAGGGCAUCAUCCAAGGAAUCCUCAGUCGGACCCACGGGUCGGCCUCGUAGAUCAGCAGCGGUGAACCACAGCACCAAUGGUUGGUCAUCCUCGCGGAAGAAGGAUGAGUACAAUUCCAUGGAUGAUGAUGAAGAAGAGUCGGAGCCAGAGCUCGGUGACGAUGAGGACGAUCACGUGCCCGACGAAAGCGAGGAGGAGGAGGAAGACGAAGAAUUUGACGAAGACGUGGAGAUGGCCGACGAGGACAAUGAUCUCGAUGCCAGCCCUCAAAGCAUGGUUGUCAAGCUCAAAGUGCCCGAGAAGGAAGGCGUCAAGAUUGACUUUGACAAGUUCCGGUAUAGUGGCACGGCACCCAAGGCGAACGGCAAACCCUCGGCUGAAACCGAGGAGACUACAACAGAGAAACAAGACCCUGCCGUGGCCGAGAAGGGGAAUACUUCACCACCGCCGAGUAAGUCCUCUGAUGCGGCAUCUCUCCUGACUGGGCGACCGCCGUUGUCGCCCAAGCCAAAUGCUCUGCAAACCAAACCUCUGGCUUAUAGGGAGAGCCCAGAGAAGCCCUUUGCUGGUCGUCCUGUCGAGUAG